GGUGCUGCCCAUGUAGCCGACGAGAUGGCUGGAAGAAAAUGGAGACGCUCGCUUUCUGACGUCACGACGCGCAGUUUCCGGCGCCGCUCCGUGUGGUCCUCCAGGAAAAUGGCUUCCGGGCUCGUAGUUGACAGCUCCUCCGCUAAAGAUGUCAUUGCGGAGGGCAUGCUCGAUCUUUUGAAACCAGCCAUCCAACAAUUGGACCUGCACGUUCACUCUGUCAGAGAGAGCCAAGUCGAACUUAGGGAGCACAUAGACAACCUUGCCUCAGAAUUAUGCAGGAUAAACGAACAUCAAAAGGUGGCUCUUGAUCUGGACCCAUAUGUAAAGAAACUUCUUAAUGCUAGGCGAAGAGUCGUGCUCGUAAACAACAUCCUGCAGAAUGCUCAGGAGCGUCUAAGAAGACUGAACCAUAAUGUAGCCAAAGAGACAGCGCGAAGAAAGACCAUGUUGGAGGCCUCAGGAGUGUUGGCCUCUCGACCUCCCAGUAAACCCUGACAUUCCAUGAUCUCUGCACAACAAAAAGAGGUUGGGCCAAUCUACAGGGGUACUUUUGACCUUGAGGAAGGCAACUCUUCCAUUGACAUGAAUCGUGCCCUCCGGUUGUAGGUUGUUGUCGCGCAUGGCAUUGUCUGAUUCAUUUGGUCUCCUGAGGCAACGUUUCCACUCGUCCUUAACCCCUUGUCCAGAAUGAUGUCUGCCAUCUUUGACAGUGCCAGAGUAUUUGUGGUUCGCCCCCCCAUGCACACC